GAAUAGGUCGACCAACCCAACCUACUGACUUUCUUGCACUUCACAACAUCAUUGCGUCGCGUUACACCGCAGCAUGUGAAAUACCUUCCAAGGCUCUUUUCCACGGCCUCCUUUCCUCUUCAGCGAACCAUGUGGCCGUCAUCCGGGAGCGGCAAGAAGCCCGCGCAAUCUGUAAGUCAUGACUAUCAGCGUUGAAGCUCUCUGCUCUGUACUCACGAGACUCGACGUAAUGGCGCCCGCCUCUGCUAACAGCCCCACCGCCCCAGGAGAUGGUCCAAGUCGACCGAUCAGAGUAUGUAUUCGCUGAUAUCGAGUUCCAUACCCUCCAAGCUUGUGCGCUGAAGCUUAUACAACUAGGUCCGUAUCGCCAUUUUGGAGACCGCCACCACGAGACAGCUCUACCCCAAAGAGAAACAUCACGUCGCCCACAGGCCAUGGCUCAGGUCUUGUUGUUGGCGCCUCAUAUUCGCAUGCGGAUAUGCUCAAGUUUGACUCCUUAAACCUCUCCAACUCAUCUCGACCACGAACACCUCCUUCUUCUUCUUCAGCUAAGAUCCGGAUUCAAGAAGCUUCUCCACCGCCGAGGACCACGCCUGGAAAGAAUGGUUCACCUCCAUACAAGAGCUAUAUCAACUUUCUCUCCAAUACAAACGAUGACUGGAAAGCAGAUGAGGACGACAUGAUGGGCUACGAGGAUGACGAUGGGGAUGACUUUGGUUUGCCAAGUUUGUCGAGUAUGAAGAGAAGAACACGGCGCAUCGCCACACAGAACAAGGCCGAAUCAAGCACAUUAUCACCGACAACAGAAGGGCCUCCUAAUGCUCUCUCGGCGAGACGAUACUCAAAUAGUGCCGACAUCGCAAUAGAGCGACCGGCGCCCACAUAUCCCAUGCCCAAAAAGAGUGAGGGGAAGAUUCUUCGGCCUCAGUAUAAAGAAAUCUUAAAAGACCCCGCCAACGCUCUGCAUCUCAUCAACUAUCCCACGGUUCCUGCCAAUGCCACUCCCAAGGAAGCCGAUGCCAUAAACUCCCGAAUUACUCGUAUUAAUAAGUUUAAGAAGCUCUUACAAGCGUCCACUAUUUCACUGCCUGAUUUGAGGUCACUCGCCUGGUCUGGUGUACCACAAGAGGUGCGCGCCAUUACCUGGCAACUCCUCCUCAGCUAUCUUCCUGCGAACAGUGAGCGCCGGGUCGCCACCUUGGAGAGAAAACGGAAGGAAUACUUGGAUGGUGUACGACAGGCAUUCGAGAGAGGAGGAAACGCCACGACCACUGCAGCCAACACAGCCCCAGCCGGCCGAACAAGGGGCCUUGACGAGGCCAUCUGGCAUCAAAUCAGCAUCGAUGUACCCCGGACAAACCCGCAUAUUGAGCUGUACAGCUAUGAAGCUACGCAGCGAUCACUUGAGCGCAUUCUGUAUGUGUGGGCUGUUCGACAUCCUGCCAGUGGCUAUGUGCAGGGCAUCAACGACCUUGUAACGCCUUUUUGGCAAGUCUUUUUAGGAAUUUAUAUUGGAGAUCCUGAUAUCGAGUCUGGAAUGGACCCAGGACAGCUCCCAAAGUCCGUGUUAGACGCGGUGGAGGCCGAUUCCUUUUGGUGUCUGACAAAGCUUCUCGAUGGUAUCCAGGACCACUAUAUCGUGGCGCAACCAGGGAUUCAACGCCAGGUAGCUGCUCUCCGUGAUUUAACAGCACGUAUAGACGGCAACCUGUCCAAGCAUUUGGAAAAAGAAGGCAUCGAAUUCAUACAGUUUAGUUUCCGUUGGAUGAACUGUCUCUUGAUGCGUGAGAUCAGCGUCAAAAACACAGUUCGCAUGUGGGACACUUAUCUGGCUGAAGAGCAAGGAUUUUCCGAGUUCCAUCUAUAUGUGUGUGCGGCCUUCCUUGUGAAAUGGUCAGAUAAGCUCCUGAGCAUGGACUUUCAGGAGAUCAUGAUGUUCCUCCAAAGCCUUCCCACUAAGGAUUGGACGGAGAAGGAUAUUGAGCUACUCCUGAGUGAAGCUUUCAUUUGGCAGUCCCUUUUCAAGGGCUCUGCCGCACACCUAAAAGGCCAACCGGCCCGCGAACCUGUUACCAACCUACAGCUGUGAAGAAUCCCGUUGUCUUGUACAGAGUUGAAUGACCAUAUGGGAGCGACUUUUGGAGUUGGUUCAUAAAGGGCGUGGCAUGGAAUUGUAGCAAUGAGGUAUUGCUACAAUAUAUUGGCAUCGAAAUGAGGAUGGGAAGCCAUGAUCGGCAUCUUCCUCUUGUAUCUGAUUCCUGACUUUACAAUCUCGGCAAAGUACGGAGUGUGAGUCUUUGUGGUAGGGUUUGGUAUCAUACUUAUUAUCUAGGGUGGAUUAGCCCAACUUCCUACAGUCGAGAAUUAAGAAUUAGAGGACCCCUUCUAUUCCAUCUCGUCCUUAUCUUUCAUUCAUCCAACGUCAUUUGUUUUGGGGUAUGCCUCAAUUACAUGAUUUUGCCGCCCAAGUAUAGAACGUUUUUUAGUCAGUCAAGCGUCUUGAACGCCCCGUAUGCCAUCCAAAUUAUCUCAGAUAUCCAGCCACUCGUAGAGAAACAAUCCAACUCCGUAACGCCACGCCGUGAAUAUUAAUAUAUACGUGAGCACCUAAA